AUGUUUCGGGACGAUCCGCCUGCUAAUCGUGCUGUUGCUGCUGCCCCAGCUGCUGCUGCUGUUCCAGUUGCCGUGCCGCCAUCUUUCACAAUUGAACCAUUCGACCGAAAUCGAAUGAAGUGGUCAAGAUGGGUGGACCGACUAGAAUUUUCGUUCACCUUGUUCGGCAUUCGGGAGGAUUUCCGAUUGUUUAUGUUGCUGCACUAUAUGGGGGGAGAAAAUUACGAUAUCGUUUGUGACAAAUUAUCACCCCGAAGACCGCAAGAGCAGACGUAUGCUCAAAUUGUGGCCCUGCUGGAGGCGCAUUUUAAUCCUGUGCCGUUGGAGAUUUUGGAAAAUUUCCGCUUCAAGUGCCGCAAACAAGGAGAUGAACGACCGGAAGAGACAAUCGACGAGUACUUGGUAGCACUUCGAAAGCUUGCUAUCACAUGCAAUUUCGGCGACUAUCUCAACACUGCUUUGCGGAACCAGUUCGUCUUUGGUUUGAAGGAUCGUGCCAUUCAAGCGCGGCUGCUUGAAGUGCGGGAUCUCACUCUGGAUCGUGCCCGGGAUACUGCGGUUUCAAUGGAGCUCUCCAACAAAGGCGGAAGAGAGAUCCAAUUGAAACAAGGAAGAAGUGAAAUGAAUUUCGUGGACCAUUCUCGCUCUGCGAAAGCCACCCGGUCGAAUACAAUCAAGAAGAAGAAAAGUGAAAAUAUGGAUGCCGGGAAGAAGAAAGGUGAAUGUUUUCGUUGCGGAAGUCCAGAUCAUUUCGCAAACAAGUGUCCGUACCAGAAUGCGGUGUGCAGGCAUUGCAAAGUAUCCGGACAUCUACAAAAAGUGUGCCUAAAGAUGAAGAAGAACGCGAAAAGUGACGCCAAGAGCGUAAAAUCGGAUGCAAAUUUGCUCGAAGAAUCACAAGAAAGUGCAAGUGAGGUUAUAUCCUUGGAUGAAGUGUGCAAGUUAGACGGUGUCACCGUGUCACCAUCCCCAAAGUAUUGGUUGGAUGUGAACGUAAAUAGUGCUACGAUACGGUUUGAAGUGGACACUGGUGCUCCAGUAACAAUAAUAAGUGUGAAAGACAAAGAAAUGUACUUUCCUGAGAAUGCGAUGCUACCGUCUAACUUGGAGUUAGUGAGUUUUUGUGAUACGAAAAUUAAAAUCCGAGGAAUGCUGAAAGUGAGUGUAAAUUACAAAGAAAAAUCGAUGCUGUUGCCGUUGUACGUUUCGAACGUGAAGAAACAUCCGCUGCUGGGACGUCAGUGGUUGUCGGUGAUGCGAGUUGAUUUGAACAAGAUCGCCUACCACGAUGUCCAUACGAUUGCUGCUGCUGCUGUGCCGCUGAAAACAACGCCUGCUGCUGUGAAAUCGCUUGUUGAGAGGUAUGCUGUUCUCUACGACGAGUCGAUUGGAAAGAUAAAAGGGUUGUCCGUCAAGCUAUGCCUGAAGCCAAAUACGAAUCCGGUCUACAUCAAAGCCAGAACAGUGCCUUUCUCCUUACGUGGUGCUGUUGAGAAGGAGCUCGACAAGUUGGUGAGUGAUGGAGUGCUCGAAAAAGUGAACCACAGUACAUGGGCGACUCCCGUGGUUCCAGUCCCAAAGGCCAAUAAUAAAGUGCGACUCUGCGGUGACUACAAGAUUACUGUCAAUCCAAAUCUGGUAGUUGACGAUCAUCCGCUGCCGACAAUUGAGGAGCUUUUCGCCAAUGUUGCUGGAGGCGAGAAGUUCACGAAGAUCGACUUGACGCAAGCGUACCUGCAACUGGAAGUUGAUCCGGAUGAUCGAGAAGUGCUGACUCUUAAUACACACAAGGGUCUAUACCGGCCGACGCGCCUGAUGUACGGCAUUGCGUCUGCACCUGCGAUUUGGCAAAGAUUGAUCGAGCAAAUACUGAAUGGAAUACCUGGUGUUACCGUGUUCCUGGACGAUAUUCGGGUUACUGGUCCGAAUGAUCAUGUACAUUUGCAACGGCUUGAAGAAGUUCUGAAGCGCCUCAGUUCGUACAACAUGCGCAUCAACCUGGAGAAGUGCCAUUUCUUCGCGAACGAGAUUGAAUACUGUGGAUACAGAAUCGACAAAGACGGUAUCCACAAGGUUGACAAGAAGAUCGCUGCCAUUCAGAACAUGCCCAGACCGGAGAAUAAGGAACAGAUUCGCUCGUUCGUUGGACUUGUGAAUUAUUAUGGAAGGUUCUUCCCAAACCUUAGUACGACUCUUUACCCGCUGAAUAACCUGUUGAAGAAUGACGUCCGUUUCGAGUGGUCGAAGCAAUGCGAAGAAGCAUUCAGCAAAGUCAAGCAAGAAAUGCAGUCCGACAAGUUCCUUGUUCACUACGACCCAACCCUGCCGCUAGUUCUCGCUACUGAUGCCUCACCCUAUGGUGUCGGUGCGGUACUGAGCCACGUCUAUUCCGAUGGUUCGGAAAGACCAAUCCAAUACGCGUCUCAAACGCUCAAUGCUACGCAACAGGCCUACAAGCAAGUUGACCGAGAGGCAUACGGAAUCAUUUUUGGAGUUCGCAAGUUUUACCAGUACCUGUACGGGAGGAGAUUUACUCUGCUAACAGAUAACCAGCCAUUGAAGCAGAUCUUCUCCGACGCGAAAGGUCUCCCGAAAAUGUCUGCCCUGAGAAUGCAGCAUUAUGCUACAUUUCUUCAGUCAUUCAACUACGAAAUCAAGUUCAGGCCUACCGGACAACACUACAAUGCCGAUGCUUUCUCACGUCUACCGCUGAAGGAGAAAACUCCGGAGAAUGUCAUCGAAGAGACGGACUACCUGGAAAUCAACAUGAUCGAAACAUUACCACUGACCGUAGAGGAGCUCGCUAAAGCUACUGCUACGGACCAGUCUGUGAAAGUACUGCUGGAAGGUUUGCGGAAUGGGAAGACCGUCGAACCUAGAGACCGUUUCGACGUAGAUCAACAGGAGUUCACGGUGCAGAAAGGCUGCGUCAUGCGAAGGAUUCGAGUUUACAUUCCUCCGUGCUUGCGAGUGAAAGUGCUUGCCGAACUACACUCUACACACUUCGGCACAAAUCGAUUGAAGGCUCUCGCUCGAGGAUACGUGUGGUGGGAAAAGAUCGACCAAGACAUCGAGGAGAUCGUGCGCAACUGCAACUACUGUCAGUCCACCAGGGCUGAACCCACCAAAGCGCCGACGCACUGCUGGGAAACACCGACUGCACCAUUCGAACGAGUUCACGUCGAUUUUGCUGGUCCGUUCAUGAACACAUACUUUAUUGUGCUUGUGGACGCCUACACGAAAUGGCCUGAGGUGCGUAUACUGAAUAACAUUACUACUGCUACUACCAUCCAAAUCUGUCGUGAAUACUUCGCAACGUACGGAAUUCCAUCCGUCCUGGUGAGCGACCGUGGAGUUCAAUUCACGUCCGAGGAGUUUCAAAGGUUUUUGAAAAUGAAUGGAGUCUAUCACAAGAUGGGUGCACCGUAUCAUCCUGCGACGAACGGUCAAGUCGAAAGAUUCGUUCAGACAUUCAAAGCGAAGUUGAAGAGUUUGCAGUGUGACAGAUCAUCGAUACAUGCUGAGUUGUGCAAGAUUUUGCUGGCCUACCGGAAGACGAUACACCCAGCAACUGGUAAAUCGCCUUCGAUGAUGCUGUUCAACCGACAGAUACGAUCUCGUUUGGAUUUGCUGAUUCCAAAUUCAACAACCGAAGCCAAGAAGAUCGAUGGUAAGGUGCGCGACAUCGCUGAGGGGGCGAGAGUUGCGGCCAGAGAUUACCUCAACAAGGAGAAAUGGAAAUACGGUGUGGUUUCUGAAAAACUUGGAAAACUGCACUAUCAUAUUCGACUCGAUGAUGGGAGAACCUGGAAACGCCACAUAGACCAAAUCCGAGAAGUAGGACAACAUCUGCCGAACAAAAACGAUCAACCUACACCUGUGUUGAUUGAGAACGAUCCUGUUACCGAGACAACAGUACCUGUGGCCAUCGAGCGAACUACCAUGAACACACCUGUGACUCCAAGAGUACUGCCGUCGGGUCCGAAGUCUCCUACCAAGCCACCAUCCAUGCCAGCUAGGUCUACAGAGGAUCAAGUCACCGAAGUCGCCUUGGGUCCAAGAGAAGCUGCUGCCAACACUGGUCGUAGCCACGAUCACCAAUCACCAAGACGUUCGGGACGGGUCAUCCGACCACCGAAGAAGCUGGAUUUGUGA